AUGUCUGAAGAAGCGCGCCAAACCUCGACUGAGCAUUCGUCGCAAGACGACCCCUCCACCCUGAUUAAUCGCCGGAGGGUCGUCAUCGACCUCACGGAAGACCUCAAAAGCUGUGCCAACUGUGCCGAGGAUAUCAAGGACGCGGAGUGUGACUAUGCCCUCCACAUAACCGAACGCGAACGCAACGGUUAUGCACACGGCGGACCCCUAGGCAAGAAAAGGGUUCACAAGAUCUUCGGAUUACGUGACCCUUGUUUGUUAUGUGGAGAGGCAUUAAGAUUGCCGACGCGCCCUGCCGCUUGUGGGCAAGUCUUCUGUGACGGCUGCCUCCGAGAGGCUCGACAAUACAGCAGCAAUUGUCCAGCCUGCCGCACAGCCUGCUGCGAUGACCGUCAGUGCAAGAGGUGGACUUGCCUGCGUCAGAUCAGGGUGCAGGAUCUGGGAAAAGCAUCACUCGUUUGCAUCCCAGAGAGAGCCUCUCGUCGCGAUUGGAUCAUGGCUUGGUCCAUGGGAGGAUUCUCAGCGAGGUGUUGGGGUUACUACACUGGUGAUGAGAAUUAG